AGCUUUCCAAAAGACUAUGUCAAAAAAAGAACUGCCACCUAAAAUUGCUAGAUGGGCAAUGUUACUAGAAGAUUUCGACUACGAAAUAAUACACAGACCUGGAAAACAGAUGAAGCAUGUCGACGCUCUUAGCCGAUAUCCUGUCAUGACAAUCCAAGUUGACGAAACAACCCAGAAAAUCUGCCAUGCCCAACCCAAAGAUGAAUUAAUAAUUACCGUUAAAAUAAUAAUUACACAGAAAAAAAAAAUAAAGAUGCCUAGACAAAAGCUAGCACAAAAAAAAAGAGCAAGAGAAGAAGAUGUUUCUUCUGAUGAAGAACAUAACAUCCACGCUGCAGGCCCUUCAAAACGCCGCAGGACAUCCUCUUCAUCAAGUGAAGACGCUGACUCCAGCGAGCCCCUGUUACCCAUCUGUUCCUGCUGUACUGGGAGAAGGAAACGUUCUUCCUCUUCCGAUGAGGCUCCUCUCGAUGAAGAAGAGAGAAAAAUCAAACGUUCCAGGAGAGAGUACCAUGACCUGGGUGCUUUCGGAGUACACAUGGAAUAUGUACAACAACAUCAGGGAAUUGGAGGUCAAAGGUCAGCAAUUCUUGAAGCUAUUGAAGAAGAAAGAAGACGGCUGGCUGUAAGUUUUUUUGUUUUUUUUUUAACUUUUUUAUAAAUGUUCACAGUCCAUUGGACGCGCCCCACAAAUGAGCCGCGGAAAACGCUGCAUAAGUAUUAAAUUUAAUUAGUAAAUUUUCUCUUAAGUAAUUUGGAUUAGUUUGCUGAAUUUGAUAGGUAUCAGGGCUCG